GGGAGGAUGGUUGGAAUAGGUUGGGUCCAUUCGGUGCGCGUAUGACCACCGUGCGAGCAACGUCUAGCGCUUAUCUGCCUGGCCGAGCUUGGCGUCUCGUCUCCCCGCAGAGCACCGACAGAGAGAGGCGCCGAUAUGGAGGAUGUCUGCCAUUACACCCGCAGCCCUGCCUGGGAGGAGCUGGAGCCGGAAAAAGGGCCCGGGUCUGUGGCCAGGAUCCAUCCCCAUGUGGUGGGCGCUGUCUCGGUGUCCGGUGCCGCGGAUGAGUCGUCUGACAGCGAGGUGGAGCAGGAGGGACCCCAAAAACUCAUCCGGAAAGUGUCCACCUCAGGACAGAUCAGGAGCAAGACGAGCAUAAAGGAAGGAUUGUUGCUGAAACAGACCAGCUCCUUCCAGAGGUGGAAGAAGCGUUACUUCAAGCUGAGAGGCCGAACUCUCUACUACGCCAAAGACGCCAAGUCGGGCAGCACUCUGGCCCGCUGGCAGGAGCGUGCGCUGCGCCGGGCGUCCCGGAGCCGGGUGUGCUGGCGAGCUCUGUCAGUGUGCUGGACCGGAGCACGGUGCUCCCCCCCACCUCUGGGUGCCAGCGGAUCUGAAGAGGGCCUAGUGAGAAUUCGGUCCCUUAUCUUUGACGAGGUGGACCUGUCGGAUGCCAGUGUUGCUGAGUCCAGUACCAAGAAUGUCAACAACAGCUUCACGGUGAUCACUCCUUUCCGAAGGCUUAUCCUCUGCGCCGAGAACAGGAAAGAGAUGGAGGACUGGAUCAGCUCGCUCAAGUCUGUCCAGUCCAGAGAGCAUUACGAGACGGCUCAAUUUAAUGUGGAACAUUUCUCAGGGAUGCACAACUGGUACGCCUGCUCCCACGCACGGCCCACCUUUUGCAACGUCUGCAAAGAUAGCUUGUCUGGGGUCACAUCUCACGGCCUCUCCUGCGAAGUAUGUAAAUUCAAGGCCCACAAACGCUGCGCUGUUAGAGCCACUAACAACUGCAAAUGGACCACGCUGGCCUCUAUAGGCAAGGACAUCAUUGAGGAUGAGGAUGGGAUUGCUAUGCCUCACCAGUGGCUGGAGGGCAACCUGCCCGUCAGUGCCAAGUGUGCCGUGUGCGAUAAGACAUGCGGCAGCGUGUUGAGGCUGCAGGACUGGCGCUGCCUCUGGUGCAAAGCCAUGGUGCACACAGCCUGCAUGGACUUGUACCCUCGCAAAUGUCCUCUAGGUCAGUGCAAAGUGUCCAUCAUCCCCCCAACGGCUCUCAACAGCAUCGACUCAGAUGGCUUCUGGAAGGCCACCUGUCCCCCGUCCUGCGCCAGUCCGCUCCUGGUCUUUGUCAACUCCAAAAGUGGCGACAACCAAGGAGUGAAGUUCCUGCGGCGCUUCAAGCAGCUGCUCAACCCGGCGCAAGUCUUUGACCUGGUCAACGGCGGCCCGCACCUGGGUCUCCGCCUGUUUCAGAAGUUUGACAACUUCCGAAUCCUGGUGUGUGGCGGUGAUGGCAGCGUGGGCUGGGUGCUGUCAGAGAUCGACAAACUCAACCUACACAAGCAGUGUCAGCUGGGGGUGCUGCCGCUGGGCACGGGCAACGACCUGGCGCGCGUGCUGGGCUGGGGCCCGUCGUGCGACGACGACACGCAGCUACCGCAGAUCCUGGAGAAGCUGGAGCGGGCCAGCACCAAGAUGCUGGACCGCUGGAGCAUCAUGACCUAUGAGAUCAAGAUCCCACCCAAGCACAGCUGCCCGGCAACGCCCGAGGGCACCGAAAGCUGCCAGUUUCACAUUUCCACAUAUGAAGAUUCCGUGGCGGCUCAUCUCACCAAGAUCCUCAAUUCUGAGCAGCACUCUGUGGUUAUCUCCUCCGCCAAAAUCCUGUGUGAAACUGUGAAGGAUUUUGUUGCCAAAGUGGGGAAAGCCUACGAAAAAAGCACAGAGAACGCGGAAGAGUGUGACACCAUGUCUCUAAAGUGUGCCAUCCUCAAUGAGAAACUGGACUCACUCCUCCAAACCCUCAACACAGAAUGCCAGAUUCUGCCUCCCCUACCCCAUUCCACCCCUCCCAUCGUGGAGGAGGAGCAGGAGGAGGAGGAGGUAGAGGAGGCGGGAGAUGGGGAGGGUGAGGAGGCCGCCAGCGAGGAGAGCCUGACGGAGCUGAAGGAGAAGCUGGAGGAGGAGGAGACAGAGAAAGGAAAUGGCAGCGGCAACGGCAACACUUUCCCUGUCUUCAAGAGUCGAGAGCAGAUGAUGUUGAGGGCCAACAGUCUGAAGAAAGCGGUGCGGCAGAUCAUAGAGCAGGCCGAGAGAGUAGUGGACGAGCAAAACACAAACAUGGACGACGCUGAGCUGACGUCACCGCUGGAGUUCCGCAAGGACAGCGAGGAGGAGAACCGGGAAUGUGAGAAGGAUGAGGACACCAAGGAGCUGGAGGCUGUACAGUCCAUCAAGAGUGUGUGUUCCCCCACAGAAAGGCGGGUGAGUCGCAGCACGCAAUCGUACAGUUCCUUCAGCAUCACACCAUUCACCACCAGCAAGGAGAACCUGCCUGUGCUCAACACACGCAUCAUAUGUCCUGGACUGCGGGCAGGUCUGGCAGCUUCCAUAGCAGGAAGUUCUAUCAUUAGCAAGAUGCUGCUGGCCAACAUUGACCCCUUUGGUGCCACCCCCUUCAUUGACCCAGACCUGGACUCACUAGAGGGCUACAUGGAAAAAUGUGUGAUGAACAACUACUUUGGCAUCGGUCUCGAUGCUAAGAUCUCCUUGGAGUUCAACAACAAGCGAGAGGAGCAUCCGGAAAAAUGCAGGAGUCGCACCAAGAACAUGAUGUGGUACGGCGUUCUGGGAACGAAAGAGCUCCUCCAGAGAACCUACAAGAACCUGGAGCAGAAAGUUCAGCUGGAGUGUGACGGCCAGUACAUCCCCCUACCCAGCUUGCAGGGCAUCGCUGUCUUGAACAUUCCCAGCUACGCGGGCGGGACCAACUUCUGGGGCGGCACCAAGGAGGACGACAUUUUCUGCGCUCCAUCCUUUGAUGAUAAGAUCCUGGAGGUGGUGGCUGUGUUUGGCAGCAUGCAGAUGGCAGUUUCAAGGGUCAUCAAGCUGCAACACCACCGCAUAGCGCAGUGCCGGACAGUGAAGAUCACCAUCUUGGGUGACGAGGGCGUUCCUAUCCAGGUGGAUGGUGAGGCAUGGAUCCAGCCGCCAGGAGUCAUCAAGAUCCAGCACAAGAACAGAGCCCAGAUGCUCACCAGAGACAGGGCCUUCGAGAACACGCUCAAGUCGUGGGAGGACAAGCUGAAGUACGACAAGCCACCUCUGCGGCCUCACCUUUAUCCGCAGCAGUCUGUGGACCUGGCUACAGAGGAGGAGGCUGCCGUGGUGCAGAUGUGUGCCCGCGCCGCGGAGGAACUCAUCACUAGGAUAUGUGAGGCUGCAAAGACCAACGGGCUCUUAGAGCAAGAGCUGGCACAUGCUGUAAAUGCCGCAUCGCAUGCCAUCAACAAGACACAUCCCAAGUUCCCUGAGACUCUGUCCAGGAACACAGCCAUAGAGGUGGCCAGCACCGUCAAGGCUCUGUACAACGAGACGGAAUCGCUUCUUGUGGGUCGAGUGUCUCUGCAACUGGACCCACCAGAGGAGGAGCAGCUGUCCAGCGCUCUACAGAGUCUGGAGCUAGAACUAGGCAAACUGGGAGAGAUUCCAUGGCUCUACCAUAUUCUGCAGCCCAACGAUGAGGAGGACCCCUCUCUGGGUUACGGCAAGAGGAACAGUCGCGGCGGCGUCUUUCGCAUAGUGCCCAAGUUCAAGAAGGAGAAGGCAGCCAAGAAGACCAGCCCUCAGUCAGUGGACAGGUGGGGCACAGAGGAGGUGGGCGUCUGGCUGGAGCAGCUGAGUCUGGGGGAGUACCGAGACACUUUCAUCCGACACGACAUCCGAGGCUCGGAGCUGCUGCACCUGGAGAGGAGGGACCUGAAGGAUCUGGGGAUAUCGAAAGUGGGUCAUAUGAAGAGAAUCCUCCAGGGAACUAAGGACCUGGCCAAGGCCUCCAUGGUUGACCUUUAACCCGGAAGGAAGCUUCUCGAGGUGGGGGGUUCGCCUGACAUCACUUGGAGAAGAUGUGGUGAGCCGCUGCAGUGCCAAAGUGACGAGGAAGCAGACGAAAAGUGCCAGAAAGGAUCCAGUUGUUUAUCACAAGAAGCCAUUUUACUACAGUUAAUGUCCAUAUCACACACACACACACACACACACACACACUAAGAGGUAUGCAAGCAACCACAGUGCAGACAGGGGAUUUGCUGUCUGACGAAUUAGUAGCAAAACCAGGACUUCCAUGUACUUGUUCCACUUGAUAUUGUGUUUCUAAAGAAGGAGCUUCAGGAAAGAGAAGCUUCCUGAAGCUUGUGGUGCUUUGUUCCACGCUAUGCUUGCUCAACUUAAAUAUUUCGAGGUUUUGAACUGCAUGAUUUUUAGUGUCUUCAAAGAAGUUAUGUUGUGACGUAAACACUUGGACAAGUUAAGUAUUAAUCGAUGACGACGCCAUUUGUGACUACUGAGACAUGCGAGGGAGCUUUUUAUUUGUUUUUAUUUAUUUUGCUUAGCAUGACGAUGACAUGUCAAGAGAUGUGUCAAGUGCCAUAGUGUUCUUUUUUAGCGUAAACUUGAGCUUUGUAUUGGAGGGUGUGGUAAGAAGCCUUUCAAGCGAUACUGGUGGUGUGUCCAAAUGAAGCCAUCAAAGUGAAUGUUAGACAAAACUCUUUCAUUGCCAUUAAUCAAGGGACAACAAUUAGUAUUUGUCCGCAUAUUUACUCAAAUCCUUUCUAACAGGUGCCAUUCCUCACUGGAAGGUGACGUCGUCUGUUUAAAAAAAUGAAACGUAGCACCUCAACUAGACACCUAGAGAAAGAAAAUAACUGAAGCGAGCACUAGGGGGCAGUAACUACCUUUACUGAAGGCCUUAUUUGGUGUUGCUGUUCUGUAUGAAGAGCACCAACACAGAUUGAGGAACAAAAUUGACCAGACAAUUCUAAUAUGCUCGUAUCAAUCCCGGAUAAGAAGCAGCGUAGAACCUCUGUGUAAGUGAAUACCAAAAAGCCGGGACUGGGAUGUGCAAUUUUCCGUCUUUUAGGGGUAGUAACCUCUUUCAAAUUGUUCAUAAAAGCCUUCUUUUUCCUGGCAUUUUCUCUGUGUUGAUGCUGUUUGUACAGAACAGCAAGGCUUACCCAGCUAUUUUACCACUUCAGGGAGUAGCCCCUUUCAAAUUGACGAUAAAAGACAGAUGUGUCCUGUCAUUUUCCCGUGUCCCUCAUCUGUACAAACCGCACCGACACUGAAUGGGAGGAUGUCAACCCAGCAAUUUUCUGACACUGUAGGUCAUAACAGAGAGGCCCCCUUGUGUUGAAGGCAAUUGUCGCUGUCCUGACAGGUAUUUUACACUUCACAACAGACUUUGGCGUCAUCUAAUUACGUGAUUGCGAAUCGCUGCGUUCCUGUGUGAAAGGGCACACGUACGAGUUAGUGGUUAGUGGUUAGUGGUUAGUGGGGUUAGUGGUUGUGAUUUGAUUGAUUUUGAGGAAUGCCUGUGUGAGUAGCUUAUUGCUCCAUAUGUUGUGGGAGACAUCUUUACUGCAACACGCGCCACCUCCACAGCACACAAGGUAUCUGUAAAGCUGAAGUUGACGGUGUCGUCCAACACUGUCCUCAACAGAAUGAGAAUUUUUUUUUUAAUCAUAUGGCCAAUUACAGGCCUCUCCCCUAAUUGACGCCAGGCACUCUCAGUUAAGUAAAUAAAUGCUGGCCAUGACCACUAUAUGCGGAAAUAUAUUUUUUUAAGAAACAUUUUGCAGUAUUCAUGUGCAAGUCCGCAUUUCAUGGCGGUAAGACUUCUCUGGCAAAUGCCGACACUACAGUACUGUAUGUAAACAAUAAUGACUUAAACUUAGCCAGUGUGGGCAUGCGGCUUGGUUUUGUUCUUUCUUUCGCCUGUUCUAAAUAUUGCUCCCGGUGGCAUUACAGGGUUUGUUAUUUCUAUAUCUUGAUGCUGAAGUUUGUAUGUGUAUCCAUAUCUAUAUGCACUGUCUGUACAGUAUAGCAGUGUAUGCAAACACUAAGUGUUAAGUGGCAUGCAUGCGGUGUAACGCAUUGGACAGCGUGACUUUGUACACUGAUGAUAACAAUGCUGUCGUCAUGGACUGAUGGUGCAAUAUUUGACCUCUUGUUUUUAUAUCUACACUCACUCUCUGGGGAAAUUGUGUUUUUUUUAAAUAUUUUUUGGAAUUAGACUGUGCACACAGACUGCUUCCCCUCCCCCACAUGUUUCUUCCAGAGGUGCUUCCAUGAUGAUCCACUAAAAUAGGAUUGUGUCAGUGAAUAAGAGUGGGCCGGCAGUCAUCCCUUGCAUAGUUGUUUUUCCGGCUUCUGAGGUAGUAGCACCUUUCAUAUUGCUAGUAAACUGUGCAUAGUAGUUUGGAUCUCAACAUGGGCCAUCUAUUUCUUCAAUUUAAAUCCCUUUCACACCAAUAUUUCCAGGAGUUUUUAUUACCAGGAGCUUUGUCCGCACAAAUUUCACCAUGCAUUGCUAAUUUUGCCCCAAAUCAGUUGGAAUUGUGAUGCAUUUCUAGCCAAAGACUAAAUUCUGCAUGACAGUUUGAGCAUUGCUAUGGUUAUAGUUUUGCACAGGAAUUUUAAAAUACCAUUUGUACGUCCAUAGUAACUGUCCCUCUUUCAAGGGUUUCUCAUCCUUAGUUUCAAGGCAUGCCUGGAAGCUGCUACUUUUGUGUUUUUGUUCCCUCCCCCUAAUGGUCUGUAUAUAAGGCUGCAAACUGCCUGUUUUUUCCCCCAAAAAACCCCAAAAAACCAUGCAAAAAAACAAACAAAUCAACACACAUUGGGGGUGUUCUGCGAAGCGAGUUUAGUGGGUUCGCGAGCUGUGUUGAGUGGUAAGCCGGACUUGCCUGUUGCACAAAGGUAGCUCUCUUUUAAAGCAGCUGUAUCACCAUGAUAACUAAGAUAAACUCAUAACCUGGUACCCACCCAGGUUAUGGCAAGGCUUUCAUCUUAAAAUCGGCUAUGAAAGUGCCGCUGUUUCAUUGUUUAACUAAUUCGGUGAUGGCGUCCUGAGGAGAUGUGGAAAAUGAAUUGGAAAAAAAAACAUUCCCUGAUGAUAUUAUUCAUCUAUAAGCGAGAUAGCUUUUCAGCCGAGGGAAUACGCUAGAUAUCCCCAGGAGUAAAAUGCAAUAUGAAGUAUUAAUAAUUAGGCCCAUGUUAGCAAACGUAUAUGUCACAGCAGUCCUUGCAUUAGUACUCAGCCUGUUAGUCUUCUUAUAUUACAAUAUUUGCUGGAGGAAUAAGCACUCUGAGGCAUCAAUCAACUGGAAGAAAACGCUUCUUUAUAAUAACAAGGAAGAAAUUGUCAAAUUAAAAUGGUCGCCACAACACGUCAACACUGCCAUCUGCGCCAACACUGCCAUCUAGUGGUCACAACAGGAUACAGCAUUUGAAAACAAAGUACCGUAAAUCUGAUUGCAGAUUUUAGGUUAUGUUGAGCUACAUCUUGAGCACAAAGCCUGUGUUGGUUGAGCCACUUUCGCAGAAUACCCCCAUUUUGGACAUAUUUGCUAACGUGAUGGGAGUUUUAUUUGUUUACAUUGUGUUUACAGUUGUAAGAAUUAUAAAUAGUAAACAUAUUUAUUGCCUAAGAUAUAUAUAUAUAUAUAUAUGAAUUUAUGACGUGCAUUGUGUUAUCUCACAUUUUGAAUAUAUUGUUAUCACCCGUAUUGCUAUAUGGAAUGACUUGGGUAAAAAGGUAGUUUAAUAAUAACAAUUUUUAUGACUACUAAGUGACUGUUUUUUGUGCCUUUUCAUGGUUAGAAUGCAUGGUUAGCUCUAUUUAUUAUACAAUUCAGUCACUGAGAUGUGUAUUUUUGUAUUCUGAAUAAUACAUGGUUUCGCUUUUGUUGUACAAUUUGCAAGGUGCCUUAAAAGAGGCUACCUAAACAGUGCAUAUCUCUCUUCAAUAAAAAAAAAAAAAACA